CGUGUCUCAGGUAGUGCUGAUGGCUACAGAUAGAGGGAUAGUGGAAGACUGGCUCUCAGAGUUCAAGGGCCUGUCUGAAGCGCAGCUGUCCGGCUAUGCUGGGAUCCUCCCCCAGAAGGAUACGCUGGUGUCUGCCCUCUACAGAGUCAUUCAGGACCCCGACACUGAGCUGCUGGAGCCUGUGUGCCACCAACUCUUCGAGCUGUACCGCAGUUCAGAGGAGCGUCUGCGCCGCUUUACUCUGCAGUUCCUGCCCGAGCUGCUCUGGGUUUACCUGCGCAGACGCAGACACAACAGCAGCUGCAUAGAGGCUCUUCUGCUGGGCAUUUACAACCUGGAAAUUGUGGAUAAAGACGGAAACAGCAAGCUGUUAUCUUUCAUGAUCCCGUCCCUGUCCAAACCAUCCAUAUAUCAUGAGCCGUCCAGUCUGGGCUCCAUGGGUUUGACUGAGGGAGCGCUCUGCCAACAUGACCUGAUCCGAGUGAUGUACAGCGGCCUGCACCCGCAGAGAGAGACUUUCACUGCCCAGAACAGGUUUGAGGUGCUGUGUUUCCUGAUGCUGUGCUAUAAUUCAGUGCUGGUCUACAUGCCGUCCUCCUCACACCAGGCCGUCUGCAGAAUGAGCUCCCGGCUGUGCGUGUGUGGGUUUCCUCGGCAGCAGCUGAAGGCAUGGACGGCUCCCUGCAUACGUGUGUUGUUGGACCCAGAGUUCAUGGUGCAGAUGCUGACUGCGGUCUAUCAUGCCAUAUAUAACGGGGAGUGGGAUGCCGGGAGAGAGGCGCUGGAUGAUAUCCUGUACAGAGCUCAGCUGGAGCUGUAUUCGGAGCCGCUGCUGCUGGGCACGGCCAUGAAGACCUCGCUGCCCGACAGCAAACCAGACGGAUCCCAGGGGAAGAAGAUUCUGCAGGUGGAGGAGACUCCCACCAUCCGCCGGAUCUCCCACUGCACCAUCACAGCGGCAUCCAUCCGCAGACUGCGCUGGAAGAGAGAGGAUCCAGACCAGCCCAGCAGAGAUGAAGAGUCCUUCCUCCUGAACGAUCCUGAUGAGGGCUUCUCGUCCGGAGCGUCCAAUAGCAGCCAGUCGAGUGGUUUCCGUGGGAACGCUGUGCCAGGUGUGUCUGGCCGAGGGAGCAGCUGUAAGAAGAUCCGCAUGUCCACAGAGAAACACUGGGACGCUCGGAGGAGAGCUCCGGUGAGCAGCAGCACCUCUUGCACAGCUCUCGACCGCAGGACAGCCGUAUCUGAUGUGGGCUCGACGGCUCUCGACCGCAGGCCAGCCGGACCUGAUGUGGGCUCGACGGCUCUCGACCGCAGGCCAGCCGGACCUGAUGUGAACUCCACGGCUCUCGACCGCAGGUCUGAUGUGAGCUACAUGGGUAUCGACCGCCGGCCAGCCGCACCUGAUGUGAGCUCCACGGCUCUUGACCGCAGGCCAGCCGCACCUGAUGUGAGCUCCACGGCUCUUGACCGCAGGCCAGCCGCACCUGAUGUGAGCUCCACGGCUUUUGACCGCAGGCCAGCCGCACCUGAUGUGAGCUCCACGGCUCUCGACCGCCGGCCAGCCGCACCUGAUGUGAGCUCCACGGCUCUUGACCGCAGGCCAGCCGCACCUGAUGUGAGCUCCACGGCUCUUGACCGCAGGCCUGAUGUGAGCUCCACCGCUCUCGACCGCAGGCCAGCCCCACCUGAUGUGAGCUCUACCACAGAAUGGAGCUCAACUGGUGCUGAAGCGCGCAGAUACUCCAAGCUCAGCCUGCAGGAGCAACAUCUGCCCGAGACAGAGCUGCUCUCACCCAAACACUCCCGGUCACCCAGUUUCAACAUGCAGAUCAUCUCACAGGUGUAGAACUGGAUCCUCUAUCACAUCUCUGAACACUUAGCUUGACUGUCAAUUCUCAAAAGAUUAAUUUACCUUAAAAAUGGGAAUCAUCAUUAUUUACUCACGCUCAUGAUAUUCCAUACCUGUACUGCUUUCUUUUUUUCCAUGAAAUAUAAAAGUGGUCCAAACUA